AUUUCCUUCCGACUUCCCACCGUCCGCACGCGCACGCGACCACGAAUACGCACGCGCCUUGGAGAUCUUGUUCGAAUGCAGUGUGCCUCCAAAGCGACCCUGUGCUUUCCGCGGGGUCUCUCCUUUUGUUUGGAUCUCCGCUUCCCUUGAUCAUGUGCGUGAAAUCGCUAGCUUCCUGAAUUUCGGUAGCAUUACUUCUUGAUUACGGUCGCAGAUCUCGUCCAAUAUCUUCCGUCCUGCUAAGAUUCUUCCCAGACUUCAGAACUCACAUCAUGGGCUCGCGUUCAAAUUUAAACAAAAGAUAUUGUGUUUUCUUGCUGUCCGUCUCUUUACUCCUCGUUGCGGUCUCUCGUGCAUCUGCUCAAGAGUCUGUGCUCGAGAGUGACAAGGAAGAGUCAAAUGGGUCGAUUACGGAUCUGGGUCGACGGAGUAAAAUAACUGUGAAUCUAGAGAGUGAUGCUAUAGGAGACAAGAGUGAUCCUGUCAAUCUUGGUCUCAAUUUGGAUUCUGGCCUGGGAGUUUUUGAUGCUUUUUUUGCAAGCUUGUCGAUGAUUCUUGUCAGUGAGAUUGGAGAUGAAACAUUUAUAAUAGCAGCUCUAAUGGCGAUGCGUCACCCCAAGUCAAUUGUACUAUCUGGUGCUCUCACUGCCUUGAUUAUAAUGACAGUGCUUUCCACUGGACUUGGUAGAAUUGUGCCCAAUUUGAUAUCAAGGAAGCAUACAAACAGUGCAGCCACAGUUCUUUAUGCUUUUUUUGGGCUUCGGCUGCUUUACAUUGCUUGGAGAUCUGAUUCAAAAGCAUCCCAGAAAAAGGAAAUGGAGGAAGUAGAAGAGAAACUUGAGGUGGGACAAGGGAAAACGGCUUUUCGUCGCUUCUUUUCAAGAUUUUGUACACCAAUAUUUUUGGAGUCAUUCAUCUUAACCUUUCUAGCAGAGUGGGGGGAUCGUAGUCAGAUAGCAACAAUUGCUCGUGCAGAAAGUCUCCACGUGUGCUCUUCAGCACCAGAGUAAUUUGUACCUGUCUUUGGCCUUUGUUUCUCAAUCACAAUAUUGAUUCUGCAGUUGGCAACACAUAAAAAUGCGCUUGGAGUUGCCGUAGGUGCCACGAUCGGGCAUACCAUCUGUACAUCACUGGCGGUGGUGGGAGGCAGCAUGCUAGCGUCAAAGAUUUCUCAAGGAACGGUUGCCACUGUUGGGGGUCUGCUUUUCCUGUGUUUUUCCUUGUCCUCCUAUUUCUAUCCUCCUCUGUAAAGUAUAGAAAUGUAGGCUAACCUGAUUCUUUCCGGGCGCCUGUGCUCGUCAUUUAGUUUUUUGUAUUUCAUUUUUUUAUUUGUGUGUUGUUUUUGGGUCACCUUCGUUGGGAAAAAAAGGUUUAGGCAAUGCCUACUGGUUUUAACACCAAAAUUUCCUGCACAUUCUUGUGUAAACAUUUCGCAUAUAAAUAUAUAAGUUGAUGAAUAA